AUGCGACCCUUGACGGCGCUUCCGUCGGUGCUGUUGAUCCUCAUCUCCUCCGUCGUCGCCUUGCCCGACGAGGGCCUCACAAAGACGCUCCCCGACGGCCUUCAAAUCGAAUCCAUCAGCGGACCAGUGACGUGCGACAGACCUACAAGAAAUAACGACAAGAUAGCAGUAAACUACAGAGGAUCACUACAGUCUGAUGGCUCAGAGUUCGAUGAGAGCUAUAAGCGUGGGAAACCCUUCGAAUUCACGCUAGGCGCUGGGCAGGUUAUCAAAGGAUGGGAAGAAGGACUAUUGGAUAUGUGUAUAGGGCAAGCGAGGAGGUUGAAGAUACCGCCCGAGUUAGGGUAUGGAGAUAGAGGAGCUGGAGCCGCUAUUCCACCCAAGUCUACGCUGGUCUUCGAAACGAAGUUGGUCGAUAUUGUAGAGCUGUCAAGUGAGCCUGCUCCAGCGCCUACAACGACCGAAGAGGAGAGCUUUUCGAUUGCUACUGCGCCGCCUACCAAGCCAGAGGGUGAGGCAGUAGAGGACAAGGAAGGGUUGUUGGAGGCAGGGCCCCCGAAACAUCCUGGGAAACCGACGGAUCCCCCUCCACGGCCGGCUAGAUGUCAUCUGCUGGGCCCUUUCGCGCUGCUCGUACAGGGUGCUCUGGGAGGCAUAGCGCUUCUCACGCUCGUGUGGAAGCGAUGGCGAGAAGUUCCCAAGCGGCCUUGGAAGAUCUUCUUCUUCGACGUGAGCAAGCAGGUCUUGGGAUCAAUGCUCACACACGCGAUCAACUUGACCAUGAGCAUGCUUGGUAGCGCGGAUAUGGUUCAUGCUGCUCAGCAUGUUGCUUCCACCGGCAGCGCGGACAGCCAUAGCGGAGGGCGACGAUCGCCGAAUCCGUGCUCCUUUUACCUGCUCAACCUGGGAAUCGAUGUAAGUUGCAACAUCUACUGAGCAUCUCCAAGAUACUAACGUGUUGGUGACAGACCACGAUUGGAGUGCCAGUACUCUGGUUCCUCCUCAAAGUGCUCUACCUCAUCUUCCUCCGCACUCCCCUCGCGAAUCCACCCGAAUCGAUCAAGUCAGGUCACUACGGCAACCCAGCGAGAGUCAACUGGUACCUCAGGCAACUUCUCAUUUACUGUAUUGGUUUGGUCGGAAUGAAGUUGUUCGUCUUCUUCCUCUUCCUUACUAUGCCCUGGCUCCCCUGGAUCGGCGACUGGGCUCUUCGCUGGACCGAAGGCAACGAAGCCCUUCAGAUCACCUUCGCGCUCUUUGUCUUCCCCCUGGCCAUGAACGCGGUGCAAUACUGGCUCAUCGACAACUUCAUCAUGGAUAAAAAGAAGGGUGAAGGUGAAGGAUACCAGCAGGUUGCGGGUGAAGAGGUUGACGACGAGAGGCAGAGGAUGAUGGAGGACGAAGAGAUUGGUGAAGAUGUGCAUGUGAGUGGAAAGGACUCGUCAGAUCAUUUGGAUGGGCAGACGUUGAGGGAAGUGGAGCCUUUGCCGAUGCCUACCGAACCCAAGAAUGGAGAGGGAAGUCGGCGAGGCAGUCCGAGGGAUGCUUAUAGUUGA